GCACUGCGCGGCAGGGGCGCGGGCUGGCCGGGCGUUCACGCAGGCGCGCGCCGCGCGGGCUUUGCUCCUUUGCGAGCUGCGGGGCGUUCCGCGGUUCGCUCGGUCAGAGCUGGCGGCCUCGCGGCACCAUGUUCCUUCACUCGGUCAAUCUCUGGAAUCUGGCGUUUUAUGCCCUCAUGGUCUUCAUGGCGACUCUGGGGUUAUGGGACGUCUUCUUCGGUUUCGAGGAGAACAAGUGCAGUAUGAGCUACAUGUUCGAGUAUCCGGAGUAUCAGAAAAUAGAACUUCCCAAGAAACUGGCAAAACGCUAUCCUGCAUAUGAAUUAUAUCUUUAUGGAGAAGGAUCCUAUGCUGAAGAACAUAAAGUUCUCCCUUUAACAGGCAUUCCUGUUCUCUUUCUUCCUGGUAAUGCUGGAAGUUAUAAGCAAGUUCGUUCUAUUGGCUCUAUUGCUCUUAGAAAAGCUGAAGACAUUGACUUCAAAUACCACUUUGACUUCUUCAGUGUGAAUUUCAAUGGAGAACUGGUGGCACUGUAUGGUGGAAGUCUUCAGAAGCAGACUAAGUUUGUUCACGAAUGCAUUAAAACAAUUCUCAAGCUCUAUAAGGGUCAAGAAUUUGCUCCCAAAAGCGUGGCAAUAAUUGGUCAUUCUAUGGGUGGCCUCGUUGCAAGAGCAUUGCUUACACUGAAAAAUUUUAAACACGAUCUGAUCAAUCUUCUUGUUACACAAGCCACGCCUCAUGUUGCUCCUGUGAUGCCAUUAGAUCGUUUCAUUACAGAUUUUUAUAUGACUGUAAAUAACUAUUGGAUUCUAAAUGCUAGACACAUAAAUUUAACCACGCUUUCUGUAGCUGGAGGAUUCCGGGAUUACCAAGUUCGUUCAGGACUGACUUUUCUACCAAAAUUAAGCGAUCAUACCAGUGCCUUAUCUGUUGUGAGUUCAGCAGUGCCUAAGACCUGGGUCUCAACAGACCACCUUUCCAUUGUAUGGUGUAAACAAUUGCAAUUGACUACAGUUCGAGCCUUCUUUGAUCUUAUUGAUGCUGAUACUAAACAAAUAACUCAAAAUCCCAAGAAGAAAUUGUCUGUUUUGAAUCACCACUUUAUAAGACACCCAGCAAAACACUUUGAGGAAAAUCCGUCAAUAAUUUCUGACUUAACAGGGACAUCUAUGUGGGUGCCAGUAAAAGUGUCUAAGUGGACCUAUGUGGCUUACAAUGAAUCUGAUAAGAUAUAUUUCACUUUUCCCCUUGCAAAUCAUAGAAAAAUCUACACUCAUGUCUAUUGUCAAAGCACUAUGCUGGAUACAAAUAGUUGGAUUUUUGGCUGCAUAAACAGCACUUCUAUGUGCCGGCAAGGAGUUGAUUUAUCAUGGAAAGCUGAACUGCUGCCAACAAUUAAGUCUCUGACAUUAAGACUCCAAGACUAUCCAUCUUUGUCUCAUCUUGUUGUUUAUGUACCAUCUAUUCAUGGAAGUAAGUUUGUUGUAGAUUGUGAAUUCUUUAAAAAAGAAACGAGAUCCAUACAGCUACCUGUAACUCAUCUUUUUUCCUUUGGAUUGUCUUCAAGGAAAGUGAUAUUAAAUACAAGCGGCCUAUUCUAUAAUAUAGAGCUUCUGAACUUUGGACAGAUAUACCAGGCUUUUAAAAUCAGCGUGGUGAGCAAGUGCUCAGCAGUCAAAGAAGAAAUUACUAGUAUCUAUAAACUUCAUAUUCCCUGGUCUUAUGAAGAUUCACUAACCAUUGCACAGGUUCCAUCUACCACAGAAAUUCCUGUGAAACUCCAUAUUGCUCAGCCAGAAAAUGACAGCCAUGUAGCAUUGUUAAAAAUGUACACAUCAUCAGACUGUCAAUAUGAGGUGACAGUUAAGACUUCCUUUUCACAAAUACUUGGACAGGUAGUUAGAUUUCAUGGUGGAGCUCUUCCUGCUUAUGUUAUAUCCAGUAUCCUUCUUGCUUAUGGAGGACAGUUAUAUUCUCUUUUCUCAACAGGUCAUUGCUUAGAAUAUGCUACUAUGUUGGAUAAAGAAGCCAAACCAUACAAAGUUGAUCCUUUUGUAAUUAUGAUUAAGUUUCUGUUGGGAUAUAAAUGGUUUAAAGAAUUAUGGGAUAUGUGUUUGUUACCGGAAUUAGAUGCCAUCGUUUUAACUAGUCAGAGUAUGUGUUUUCCCCUUGUAUCCUUGAUUCUUUUUCUGUUUGGAACAUGUACCGCCUACUGGGGUGGCCUCCUUUCCUCUACAUCUGUGAGACUCCUUUCUUCAUUGUGGCUAGCUUUGAAAAGGCCCUCUGAACUUCCUAAAGAAAUCAAGAUAAUAUCACCAGACUUGCCCAUUUUGACAAUUGUUUUGAUUAUAGUUAGUUGGACAACUUGUGGAGCAUUUGCCAUACUUCUUACUUAUUUUUAUUAUAUGUUUAAGAUUGUUCACCUGCAAGCCAGCCUAACAACUUUUAAAAACAGCCAGACUGUGAAUCCCAAACACUCUAGAAGAAGUGAAAAAAAAUCCAAUCACCAUAAAGACCCUGCAGUACACCCGCUCCGUUUAUCUGCCAAUGAUGCUGAAGAUAGUCUUCGUAUGCACAGUACUGUGAUGAACUUAUUAACGUGGAUUGUAUUACUCAGCAUGCCAUCUUUAAUUUAUUGGUUAAAGAAUCUUAGAUAUUACUUUAAACUUAAUCCGGAUCCAUGUAAACCUUUGGCAUUUAUCCUUAUUCCAACUAUGGCACUUCUUGGGAAUACUUACACUGUUUCAGUAAAAUCAAGUAAAUUAUUGAAGACUACUUCACAGUUUCCACUUCCUCUGGCUGUUGGUGUGAUUGCUUUUGGGUCGGCACACUUAUACAGGGUUCCAUGCUUUGUCUUCAUUCCUCUUUUACUCCAUGCAUUAUGCAACUUUAUGUAAGAUUGGAUUUGACGAGUAAUGAUGAUAUAUGCCUUUAGGGCCAGUAAUAAGAGGGAAUGUACAGAUCCACCAAUGUGGACAGCAAGAUCCUUUGGAAAAGACAAGUCUAUUUUUACAAUAUUAAAAAUAGGAAAUUAGUUUUGUAAUGCUUGAGGAAAGUAGUUGAAGCAUGGUUUUGUUUGUGGUGUUACAUCUGUGUAGUUUUUGAAAAAUUAGUCGAAGAAUAUGAUGGCCACUGUCCUUGAGGACUCCUCUGCAUAGCAGCUAGUCUGCCUGAUUGGCCAUGCCAGGGGUAUUCUCCUGAACACUCAGUAAAUGUAGCAUUGCUUGUGUCCUCACCUCAAGCCUUCUGUUCAUUUCAUCACACUUUCUUCUGAAAAGUGGGUUACUUUGUAUUUGACAGUAUACAUAUUGAAAAAAAUAAGUCUUAAAAGAUUAAUGAAAUUUACAUCUGUUUGGUUUCUCAAAAAUAAAAUAGCCACAGUCUGUAGACAGUUUUGACAGCCACAGUGAACAGAGUAGGUAUUUUGUUUUCUUACAACAUGAGAAGAAAAUUUUAAUUCUAAGGAGACAUGUUUUCUUGGUAACCAAGCAAGAAUGAUGAAUGGAAACAUAAUUCAAAUUCAAAAUUUAGGGGAAUUUUCUUAUUACUUUUCAAAUAAGAAUCUUGUUUGGUAUUUUUAGUGAAUAUUAGGAGACUAUUAAAGGGAUCUGUUGCUAAAUUUAAAGAAAAUUCUCACAGAUAUUUACUUACUGGCAUUGGAGCAGUUAAGUUGUUCAGUCUGUACCAUUAUUUAGUUCAUUGACCCCGUGGUUGCCAAAAGUGCCUUGGGUCAUGAUGGAUUGUCUAAAAUAGUUAUGUUCCAGUGAUCAGGAAAAACUCUAGAUUUGCAUAAUUUUUUUCUACUGUGGGGAAAAAAAUCAGCAUGAUCAAGUGCAGUACCACAUUUGAUGUAUAAAAUUAUACUAUAGUGGAGUAAUAGUGGACAAACUGCUACCCCAUUAAUAAGAUAAGUAUAAACAAUAUACCUAAAAAAUGGGAGGACUUAGGCCCUAGAUUUAAUAGUAGAGUCUUAACUUGCCAAGGUCAUUACUGUUUGACAGAUAAGAGAGUAAUAUUUCUAUUUCAUUUCAGAUUCCAACUCACUUUUAGCUACAAAAGAGUAGGAAAUAGAUAAUAGAGCUAGGUUUCUUCUCCUUAAGAUAGGUCAUACCUCAAGCUGGGUCAUACCUGGGAGCUCUUCCAUUAGUUAUAUAUGCUUAAAUAUCCAAAACCUCUCAAGUAUUGUCCUUAAGUCCCAGUAACUCCACAGCUGCACCUGUGACCUUCAAUUCUUAGAUGUCCUAGAGUACCAGGUUCAUUUUAUCUGCCAUUGCAUCUGGAUUCCAUUAGGCCUUUCAGUUGUUACUGCCUAUUGGAAUGUUAUCCCCACUUUACUACUUGUAGAGGGUUACCUCAUUUCUUCUCUCAGUUGUUCCUCAGGUCCUUGCUGUUUUGGCAUCAUUUGAAGAGGGUUUUGCUGUCAUCUCUGAGUAUCGUAAGUUUGUUUGAUUGCAUUGCUUUCUUUCCCAGCUUCAUGUUCACUAUUUAUAUUUUCACUUACUGAGAUCAUUAAGGGGGAAGUGAUAACCUCAUGGUAGACAUGGCAGGCAUACCAGGCUCUUGUUUGAGAGAAGUAACAAAAGAGAUAAAAUGCAAAAUGUUUGUGUGUUUAAUACAAAUGGACAGGGAAUUUAUUAAAUUAUAUACUUUGCUAUGGCAUACCAUAUACAUAUUUAAAUAAGGACACAUGUGCCUAUGUUUAGCUAUACAAAUACUCAUAAACAACUUCUGUACAUUUGGUGUCUUGUUUUUUCACCUCUAUUAUGGUGGUAUUUCAAGUUACAGGUUAAGUGUGUCCUUUAACUAUUUCUAAAUUUGAACUUAGGUCCAUGUACAGAAAGAACUUUUUAGAAUUCAUUAAUUUGAAUCUUCUACCUUAUCAACAGCUAUAAUCACUAUGUUUAUAUGAUCUAAAAUCUCCCUGUUUUAGUCAUUCCUACUUGUGAAUAAAAUGUAAAGAGUUUAAAACUCUCAUUUGUGACCAGUGCAUUAGCUUUUUAAAGCAACAGACUAGGCACACUAAUUGUCACCAAAAUAUUUUCUUGUGAGUGUAGUUAUAGUCAAGUCCUAAAGUCUUUUUUUAUUCCAACAAAAUAUUUCAUUUUAGGACUAUAAAAAGGACUCUAAUUAAACAUGUUGUAAACAAUAGUACUUGGGUCUUUAUGUGAAAUGGACAGAUACACACACAUUUUGACAAGGUCUUUAUCAAGUCCUAAUGUACUUUCAACCCAAGUAACUAUCAGAGAACAAGCUGUCUGAAGAUUAGCAACAACUGAUGUUUCUGUCAUUUGAGGAAAGGAAAGUACUGUGUCUUUAAAUAAUACAUUAUUUCUACCACUCUUACAAACUAUGUUAUUUGCUGGCAAAACAGCACAGGUUUAUUAGCAGUGUUAUUAAAAGUAAAAUUGUUUAUUGGAAGUUAAGGAUUAUCUAAUUUAGCAAACUUCUGAGCUCUACAUUUAACAACAUUUUAUUUAGAAUUGUUUGAGGGUUUUUGGUUUGUUUUUUUUAUUUCUUGCCACCCCAUGGCAUAUGGAGUUCCCAGGUCAGGGACUAGAUUUGAGCCAUACUUGUGGCCUAGGCCACAGCUGUGGCAAUGCCAGAUCCUUAACCCACCAUGCCAGACCAGGUCUCAAAACUGCAUCCUGGUGCUUCCAAGACACCACUGAUCCCAUUGCACCACAGCUGGAGCUCCUAGAAUUUUUUGAGUUUUGAAUAGCCUUUAUACUUAUAAAAAUUACUCCUGGACCAUAUUGUUGAUAACUAGAUCAAAUAUAGUCUGGACAGGACAAACACUGAGUACUUUUAGUGUUUCUAAAGAUUCUUUUGGAGUUAACUACUAUUAUAAUUUGGAAAAGAUACUGUAAUAGAAAUCAGGAACACUUUUCUCUACAUUUUUUACACACAUUCUGGUAGCUCUUUUCUUUUGUCAGAAUGAAAAUAUUAAAACAGUAGUCCUAAAAAAAAUUUAUGCCUGAUUAACAUUAAUUUUGGGUCACUUUAACAUAUAUUAAAUCAUGUAUUGGCUAAUCUUUAAUUUUUUUUCAUAUUUUGGUGAGAUAAAUUCACAUGUAUAUAAUGGAGUAUGUUUUGUUUCAAUUACAUUAUAAUAUCUACAUGACUACACAGUAAGGAAUAAGAACUAAAGAACUCUAAUAGGCCUAGCAAAUGCUUGUUGUCUGUUAUCCUGUCACUCCUACAGAUGGUGCACAUGUCUCUCACAUGCACGUACAUGAGGCAGAUUACCUGAUUUGUUCACUAUCUAGUUUCUAAACUCUUCUUAGCUCACAGAGACUUUUGACUUACAGCAUGGUGUAUUCUUUUUACCUCACUGCUCAUUAGCGCCUCUUACAGAAGGUGGUCAAGUGAAAUAAAACUCAGUAAAGGUAAAACUCAGUUUUCAGUUUAGUUCUUGAAAGCUGAGGAAUACAGAAGAGACACAAAGAUUAUGAGAUUUUAAACUAAGGUUGUUGAUUCCCAAAUCCCCAGACAUUUCAGCUGGCCUAUAUUUUUAUCUUAAGCAUUAAGAUCUGAAAUACUGUAAUUAUCUUGUUUUAUCAUGAGGUUUAGUAUACAACCUUACAGUGUUGCAUUUGCAGUUUUAGUAACUUGUUAGUUUCAGGAUCUUCUAUGAGUAAGGCAUUUAUUGAUUUUUUUUUCAUCAUCACUUUUGGGGUUUUUUGUGUUUCAGAUUUAUGAACUUAUAUAUCAUAGGAAACAAGAUACCUUGUGAAGUUCAGGGCUGGGGAGUUAAUUUGGGGUGCAUGGCACUCCCCAGGUUAAAGGAAGGCAAAGUAUCUUUGUAUUAUAAAAUUAGACCCAGAUAGAAACUUCCUGCCAUAUAAGGUAAAUGUAGAAGAUACUUAUACGAAACAGUAAGAUGCUUGAGAGCUGAAAUUUUAUCCCAGUUUUUGUCUUUUUAGGGUCGCACCCAUGGCAUGUGGAGGUUCCCAGGCUAGGGGUUGAAUCAGAGAGCUACAGCUGCCAGCCUACACCACAGCCACAGCAAUGUGGGAUCCAAGCCACAUCUGCAACCUACACCAUAGCUCGCCGCAACAGUGGAUCCUUAACCCACUGACUGAGGUCAGGGAUUGGACCUGCGUCCUCAUGGAUACUAAUUGGGUUCAUUACCUGCUGAGCCAUGACCAGGAACUCCUAUCCCAGUCUUUUUGAACACAGGACAUUUCAAGUUCUGUGAUGAACUUUUAUUUAUAACAUAGUGCUCAUGCAUUCUUUCACAAUACAUUUUAACAGCCUGAGGAAAUAGAAGGUUUGUAAAGCCACUCUCAUUCUUUUAAUAAGGAUGAUAGGAAAGAAAAAUGAGGUCAGUAAUCCAAAUCCAAAUAUGUGUACUGUAAAUAUUCAGGAAUUCACAUUGUUUGAUAAAUUAUAUUGUGAAUAUAGAUGGCUGAAUUUUGUAUAUUAAUAAUUUUAAGAAUGGAAUAAAAUUUGGACAAGUGAGAAUAGACUGUUAUUUCACUUACAGUGAAAUGUAGCAGUACACCUGAAUUGGUAACAUCACUUUCAAAAGUUAGAUGAUAGUCUAGGUUACAUCUUGAUUACAUUGUCUAUAGUUGAAAAUUUUUAAAUCAAGUACAGUACUUUCUAAAAAUGUUUGGCAUGUUAUGGUGCCAAAAAUGACUGUGUUUCGAAAUACCAAGUAACCAGUUAAUUUCAGAUGACUUUGUAUAGGGCUUGAUAUAUGUGAGUCAGAUUAUUCUGUGCUCAUUCUGUACAUUGUAACUUUGAAUACUUAUGAAAAACUGUCUCUGUUGAUAUAUUUUGAUUAGUUAGUAUAAAUUCAUUUCCAUAGUUGCAUCCUAAUCUUAGUUCAGGAAGUCUAAAAGUAGCCAUUUUUGUAAAGUUCAUAUAAUAUUUUUUUUAGUGUUAUUUUGGUUUUUAGUACUUAUAUUGUAGAAAUGUUACUAGUAAAAGAUUUAUAGACAAAGCAGAGGACUAUUAACUGUUCAAAAGCCUAAGUGAUAGGCAUAUUUUGUAUCUCAUGUUGUGCUUGUUUUGUUUCAUAUUGGACUUUUUCCAUCCUUUUUUAGGAAAAAAAGACAUGUUUGAAUUUUUUUAGCUUAAAAACUCUACAUUGGAAAAUAGAACUGUAUUCAUAUGGUUAGCAAAACAUACUUUGCCACCAAAGCUAAAUGAAACUGUAAAAUACCUCCAGAUAUUUGUGCCAAUGAACUUUUCUUACUAUAUUGGGAUUAAAACAAAAAUAAUCUUUUCAGUAUUUUUCAUCUAGGACUUAUAUUAAAUAUGUCACUCAUCAAAACUUAUAUUCCAUACCCUAAUUUUUCUUUAAACUAUGUAAAGCUUAUAGCAUAGUGUGUUAUAUCUUGACUGAUUUCUGGAAUGUUUUCUGGUUUCAUUGAAUAAAGUUAGUUUACCCAGUAACGAUCUUUCAGUAAUUAGUUGAAAAAAUCAUUUAAGUAAUCUUGGUUUGGAUUCAUUCUAUAAAAUUUUAAAUUCUGUUGCCCAGAUCAUUUUUAGUACAGUCAUCUCUCAUUUAUGUAAUAGAAGGUUUACUGUGGAAUUUUUUUGUUUUCCAGUCAGUCCCUUUAUACAGUUGUGUUUCAUAGAGGAAUAUUAUCCACCAGAACGUUACAUAAUACAAUGAAGUAAAAUUGUAAGAUGCAGCUUAAAAGAAAUGUUAUAAAAAAAAAUCAGAAUGCAGAUACUAAAGUGUUAACAUUAGUAUGGUAGUGUACUCCUGAGAGAAAAGCAGAAGUACAGUAGACUUAGAAACUCUUGUGUUUAUCUGGUUGAAGUUCUUUAAUUUCUCUCCUAGAGAAAUUUUCAAAGGGCAUUUCAUUUCAGUCCUUCAUAUUGUGGUUUCUCCCAUCAUUUAAUGUCACUUAACUUUUUCUGCCCAGUAAUGUUGAUGCAGUUUGCAUAAGAAGCCUUAGAAGUAAAGAGGCAGCAGAGAAAGCCAAGUAUUAAAAUAUUUGGCCUUGAUUUAGUUUAUCCAAUUAUCUGGUAAGGACAUGGAUAUUAGUAAAAAGAUGAUAUACAAGACCUAAAAAUUUAAUGAACAUCAUUUUUUGCUCUAAGUUGUUUAUGUUGAAUAAUUUUAUCCUAAGUAGGAGAUGCUUGUAUUUAACAUAACCAUGCUUUCUAUAAAAUCAAAUAUGUAUUUGUUGGAAUAUUGGUAAAAAUAAUUUUAUCUGUCUCCAUUGUGGAGGGGGGAAAAAUCCAAUUUUUAUUGUAUAUACAUUAGAAAGUUGUACUGUGCAUUUACAUUUUUGAAAAUGUGAAAAUGACAUAUAUAUUAUUUUGAAAUGAUUGUAUGACCACUUCUUAAACUUAUGACUAACUAUAUAUGUAGCAGCACACCCAUAAGAAACCAGACCAAAACUGAAUGCAUAUUAUCACUGUGACCUUGAACUUACAGUCAUUUGGGAUAAAACAGACUGUGCCUUAAAAUGAUGAAGAGAUGCCCUGCAGUUUUAUAACUGUAUAUUUUAUUAUGGGUGGUCUUCUCAAAUUGGCCCCAAGUCCUUUUAGUUGAGGUCAAUGAAGUAAAAGUUUAAAAUAAAAGUUGAUUGAUAUUUCCCUUAGUGUUUGCUGAACUGUUGCUCUAGAGUCUUCCCUUAAUUUCAGAGUUCCUAUUUCAAAUUAAAAUUGACUUACACUUCAUAGAUGUAGAAAAUUAAAUUUGGCUUAAGUUUCUGCAAAUAAAUUUAUUUUAGUAGACAAUUGUACUUCUGAACUUAUUGCACAUGGGAAAAUCUUAAAUAUAAUUUUUGUCUUUAAUGAGUAAUCUUUCAAAGACAGGAAUUUUUCCCUAAAACCUGUACUUUUUCCCUCAAAUUACUGAGGCAUGUAUUUGUGUAUCAAAUAAAGUUAGGUUAGCCAAUAAUGAUUUUUCAGUAGUUAAAUACAAACUCAAAUUCAGCUUUUUAUUUUUAAGCAUUAUUUUCCCUUUUACUUUUUCCUUCCUAAUUAUUUUUAAGGUAUCAAGAAAGAACUGGCUCCAGUUUUGGGUGGGGUUUUUCUAAUAUAAAGACUUGCAUUUUUACUGUGCUUAUUUAAAAUAAUGGAUAUAAUUUCUGUUAAAAACAAAUUAUUCCAGUCAUAGGACGUUCAUGGUCUCUGCUAAAAGAUGCCCCCAUCUCUGUGUACUCAGAAUUUUAUGUGUCUUUUUCAUUUUCAGUUUUGAACAUAAACUCAGCACAUUUCUUUCUUCUCAUUUUACCUUCAGUACCUCCCAUAAAAGACAAAAGUAUAGGUUUCUCUAAAAGUAUGUAGAAAGAAAACAUGUCUUUCCUUAAAGCAUGGUCAAAUUGAGGUGGAAAUAGUCUGGGCAAGGGUAUGUAAUAAACUACAUGGCUGUCAACCUGGAUCAGUUUCUAUAUUAUAGUUAAAAGUUUAUAGAGGACAUACUCUGUGUUAUGCUGAGGUAGAUUCAGUAAUCAUUUAUUUGCAAAUCGAUAAUUUUGUUCUCAUCCAGAAAAUUCAGUGCAUAGUAACAGUACCUGACAGUGCAAAGGAACUUGUCCUAUAGUAUAUACUGAAAAAUGAUUGUCACCUUGCAGAUUUUUCCAUUUAAACAUGCAUGAACUUCUCCAGUACUUUGUACAAUGUAUGGUGUACUAAAUACAUUUGUGUAAUUUUGCGUGUGUUUUUUGUAUGAUAUAAUUAACAUUACUACAUUUAACUGGUUGUAAUUCACAAAAAGUGCUAUUUAUUGUACUCUGUAGAGUGUUGUGAAUGUUUUUCAUCUAUGUUUCAGCAUUAUGGUAUAGGUUUUAAUAGAUAAAUAUUUGCCUUCAGUCUCUGCUCAGGUAUUAAUGUGUAGCAAUUUUGGGUGCUUUCUUUUUAAUCCGUCAUAAUCUAGUGUUCUGAAUGUCCAAUAAAUUUGGUGAACAAGAA